AUGACCACCGCCCACACAUCAACGGUACUGUGUGUCGACUGUCGAGAAAAUACGUCCGAUCUUCAAAUCAGGAAUCGAUGGCUUUGCAAUGAAUGCUUCCAACGAUAUGUCAGUUCAAAAGUCUCGAAGCGUAUGGAGUCUUAUCGAUUCGGUAACCUUGCGGUGAACGAGACUCGCCGCUUAUUGCUCCCCUUAUCUGGUGGAGUCUCGUCUAUGGUUCUAUUACAAGUCCUUGAUGGUGAACUUCACAAACAAGCACUCAAGAGGAACAGAACGGCAUAUGAGCUGAUAAUCUGCAAUGUUAUACUACCUGAUGAACACGAUUCAACCAUACGUAACGAUUUAUAUGUCCAAGCCGGGGAGAGGUUUCCUGGCCACAAGUUCAUACCCCCAAUGGCCUUUGAAGACCUAUUCAAGUACGACGAUCGGAUCGAAUCUGAUCUACUCCAUCUCGGAGUCGGACGGCCAGAAGGCGAGUCUGAUGGAAAUUUCCUUAAGGGCAUUUUAUCUUCUACUACAUCGGCGACUGCACACGAAGACCUCCAAUCAAUCUUGCUUCGUCGUCUAAUUGUGUCGGUUGCAAAGGCACACGACUGUGAAGGUAUUCUCUGGGGUCAUUCUGAUAGUCGCCUGGCUUCGAUGGCACUUUCACAUGUCUCCAAGGGCCGAGGAGGAUCUGUGCCGUCGCUGACAGCCGAUGGUCCCUCGUGCCAUGGCAUCAACUUCAACUAUCCUGUCCGAGACUUGUUCAAACCGGAGCUAGCCACAUAUGCAUCGGUUCUAUCUGAACCCCUGGUUUCUUUGGAAGGACAUGAUACCUCUGCCCGGCGAGUGACACCAUCACUGCGAAAUACUGCGAUCGACACUCUUCUGACGAACUAUAUUAACUCGCAAGGGGAAAAAUACCCAAGUAUCAUGGCAAAUGUGGUACGGACGGCUGGGAAACUCGACAGGACAGCAAAUGGACAAUCACAACUCUGUUUGGUGUGCAGCGAACCGUCGUCAAUCAUCAACGGCGAAGCUGCAGAUAACCUUCUUUGUUAUGGAUGCCUAAGAAUGAAGCAGGAUAUCAAGUUCCAGUCGAUGUGAAUACAAGUGUCUGCAUGUAGGACAGUACAAGGAUUCGAAAGGGUCUUCGAGAUCCCGCCAACUUGAACGCCGUCCCUUUCACCACGCGGCAAUUAACAGGAUCGCAAACCCACAUACAACGCUUGCAUCAUUCAUUUGCACCAUCAGCAUG